CCAACGAAAAUUGGUGUAUAAAAAAAAUUUUGCGUCGUUCUACCGGAAUAAUUUUGAUACAAUCGAACCAAAUCCAUUAAAAACUCCAAAAAUAGUUAUAAAUAUAAACAAUAAAGAAAUUAAAUAUAAAAACAUCAAAACAGACAAUAAAAUAAUUUCAAAAACAGGGAAGUGUGUGUAAAAAGACAAAGAAAAACUAAUUAGAUAAGAAAAAAAAUAGAGAAAAACUUUAAGAAAAAGGAAUCGAAAGAAAAUAAUUUGAUAUUGCAUGUUAAAAUUAACUUUACGAAAUAUUUGGACAUGAGCAGCCAAAGUCAUCGUAAAAUGUCUGGCGUACGUUUGCCAAAUAAACCUCGAUGUGAUGAAAUAGAACUUACAGAACUAUUUUCCGCCCAAAUGGCUCAGCUCUGCUUAAAUGAUGACUACUCGGAUGUAGCGUUUAUUGUGGAAGAUCAAAGGCUGCCAGCUCACCGUGUUAUGUUGGCUGGCCGCAGUGAAUACUUUCGUGCACUUUUAUAUGGCGGCCUCUCAGAGUCCAAACAAUCUGAAAUACAUCUUAAGGUACCAGUAGAUGCCUUUAAGGCAUUACUACGCUACAUUUAUUCCGGUCACUUGUCACUGACACAAAUGGACGAAGAUAACAUAUUGGAUACAUUGGGUUUGGCCAAUCAGUAUGGUCUCUCCGAAUUGGAAUUGGCCAUAUCGGACUAUUUGCGCCAGUAUUUAGCCUUGUCAAAUGUUUGUGCAAUUCUGGAUGCUGCCCGUCUUUAUAAUUUGGAGAAGUUGGCAAAAGUUUGUUUGACAUUUAUGGAUCGUAAUGCUGCCGAUAUACUGCAACAGGAAUCUUUUAAGAAUUUAUCAAAAGAAUCUCUACAAGAAGUUUUAAGACGUGAUUCGUUUUUUGCACCCGAAGUACAGAUUUUUGUAGCCGUCUGGGAGUGGUGCAAGCAUAAUAAAAAUGUUGAUAUACAGUCUGUUGUAUCAUAUGUUCGCUUGCCACUCAUGAAUCUCGAACACCUACUGCAAGUGGUACGUCCGUCAGGCAUCUUAGAACCCGAUAAACUCUUAGACGCCAUCGAAGAACAAAGUACAUCAAAAUAUUUACCAUAUCGAGCUGCCCUGUGGCCGGAGGAAAAUGUAGCUACUGCAAAAUUCGUAUCACGUAUGAUACAGGGUGAAUGUCGGGCUGAGUUAUUGAAUGGCGAUGUCACCACCUAUGACAUGGAGAAGGGCUAUUCACGGCACUGCAUCACAGAUACCAACGAAAUGGCGAUUGUCGUUGAGUUGGGCACCGCAUGCAUUAUAAAUCACAUAAAAAUUCUGCUAUGGGAUCGUGAUAAUCGUGCUUAUUCGUAUUUCAUAGAAGUUUCUGCCAAUAAAAUACAGUGGGAUCGUGUUAUUGACUACUCCCAGUAUUACUGCCGUUCGUGGCAAUUUUUAUAUUUUCAAGCACGGCCUGUUCGUUACAUAAAGCUGGUGGGCACGCAUAAUACCGUGAAUAAAGUAUUUCAUGUGGUGGCUUUAGAGGCCAUGUACACAACGAAUCUGCCAAAAGUAGUUAAUGGCAUUGUCGCACCCACGGCAAAUGUGGCCACCAUCGAGAUGAGUGCAGUGGUGGUAGAUGGUGUCAGCCGCACCAGGAAUGCUUUAAUUAAUGGUAACUACGUGGAUUAUGAUUGGGAUUCGGGUUAUACUUGUCAUCAAUUGGAAAGUGGUGAAAUUUUAGUGCGUUUGGGACAACCCUAUGUAAUUGGUUCAAUGCGCUUGCUACUGUGGGAUUGUGAUGAUCGUAACUACAGUUUCUAUAUUGAAACCUCGGUAAAUCAAAAAGAUUGGGUUAUGGUAGUGGACAAGCGCAAUGAAAAGGCCAGAUCAUGGCAAAACUUUUCAUUUACUCCCAUACCGGUGGUGUUUAUACGCAUUGUGGGUACUCGCAAUACAGCCAAUGAAAUCUUUCACUGUGUCCACUUGGAAUGUCCGUCACAGGAUCCCAAUUUCAUACUUGUUGAAAAAGAAAAACAACGUGUUGUUGAAGAAAAGAAACAGAAACAGCGUAAACUUGCCGAUAAUCAACCCAGUUCAAGCCGAGAGAGUACGUCACCACGUACUAGUUCGAAUUUAGACCAAGCGCCGCAAGUAGAUGAAGGUGUACUCGUCCAACUUGACAAUAGUUAUUUAGAAGAAACCAAUUAAGUAUUAUUAUAAUUACUACGCGAAUAUUGAAAAGAAAUUCGAAUAUAAAAUACCAAAUAAUAUCUCCAAAA